GGACAGAAGUUAAUUGCAUCUCUUAUACCCAUGACAUCCAGAGACAGAAUUAAAGCCAUCAGGAACCAGCCAAGGACCAUGGAAGAGAAAAGGAAACUUAGGAAAAUAGUUGACAAAGAAAAAAGCAAACAGACCCAUCGUAUCCUUCAGCUCAAUUGCUGUGUUCAGUGUCUGAACUCCAUUUCACGGGCUUAUCGGAGAUCCAAGAACAGCCUGUCGGAAAUUCUCAAUUCCAUCAGCCUGUGGCAGAAGACGCUGAAGAUCAUUGGAGGCAAGUUUGGAACCAGCGUCCUCUCCUAUUUCAACUUUCUGAGAUGGCUUUUGAAGUUCAACAUUUUCUUAUUCAUCGUGAACUUCAGUUUCAUCAUAAUCCCUCAGUUUACCGUAGCUGAAAAGAACACCCUCCAGUUCACUGGGCUGGAGCUUUUCACUGGGGUGGGUUAUUUUAGGGACACAGUGAUGUACUAUGGCUUUUACACCAAUUCCACCAUCCAGCACGGGAACAGUGGGGCAUCCUACAACAUGCAACUGGCCUACAUCUUCACGAUUGGAGCAUGCUUGACCACCUGCUUCUUCAGUUUGCUAUUCAGCAUGGCCAAGUACUUCCGGGACAACUUCAUUAACCCCCACAUUUACUCCGGAGGGAUCACUAAGCUGAUCUUUUGCUGGGACUUCACUGUCACUCAUGAAAAAGCUGUGAAGCUAAAACAGAAGAAUCUUAGCACCGAGAUAAGGGAGAACCUGUCAGAGCUCCGUCAGGAGAAUGCCAAGUUGACGUUCAAUCAGCAGCUGACCCGCUUCUCUGCCUACGUGAUGGCCUGGGUUGUCUCUACAGGGGUGGCCAUAGCCUGCUGUGUAGCUGUUUAUUACCUGGCUGAGUACAACUUAGAGUUCCUGAGGACGCACAGUAACCCUGGAGCGGUGCUGUUACUGCCUUUCGUUGUGUCCUGCAUUAAUCUGGCCGUGCCGUGCAUCUACUCCAUGUUCAGGCUCGUGGAGAGGUACGAGAUGCCACGGCACGAAGUCUACAUUCUCCUGAUCCGAAACAUCUUUUUGAAAAUAUCAAUCAUUGGCAUUCUUUGUCACUAUUGGCUCAACAACGUGGCCCUGUCUGGUGAAGAGUGUUGGGAAACUCUGAUUGGCCAGGACAUCUACCGUCUCCUUCUGAUGGAUUUUGUGUUCUCUUUAGCCAAUUCCUUCCUGGGAGAGUUUCUGAGGAGGAUCAUUGGGAUGCAGCUGAUCACAAGUCUUGGCCUUCCGGAGUUUGACAUUGCCAGGAACGUUCUAGAACUGAUCUAUGCACAAACUCUGGUGUGGAUUGGAAUCUUCUUCUGCCCCCUGCUGCCCCUUAUCCAAAUGAUUACGCUUUUCAUCAUGUUCUACGCCAAAAACAUCAGCCUGAUGAUGAAUUUCCAGCCUCCAAGCAAAGCGUGGCGGGCCUCACAGAUGAUGACUUUCUUUAUCCUCUUGCUCUUUUUCCCAUCCUUCACCGGGGUCUUGUGUACGCUGGCCAUCACCAUCUGGAGAUUGAAGCCUUCAGCUGACUGUGGCCCUUUUCGAGGUCUGCCUUUCUUCAUUCACUCCAUCUACAGCUGGAUCGACACCCUGAGUACACGGCCUGGCUACCUGUGGGUUGUUUGGAUCUAUCGGAACCUCAUUGGAAGCGUGCACUUCUUUUUCAUCCUCACCCUCAUUGUGCUAAUCAUCACCUAUCUUUACUGGCAGAUCACAGAGGGAAGGAAGAUUAUGAUCAGGCUGCUGCAUGAGCAGAUCAUUAAUGAGGGCAAAGAUAAAAUGUUCCUGAUAGAAAAGUUGAUCAAGCUGCAGGAUAUGGAGAAGAAGGCAAACCCCAGCUCACUCGUUCUGGAAAGGAGAGAGGUGGAGCAACAAGACGCUUUGCAUUUGGGGGAAUGUGAUGGCAGUCUUGACUUGCGAUUUAGAAGAUCAGUUCAAGAAGGCAAUCCAAGGGCCUGAUGACUGUUCUGGUAACCAGACACCAAUCAAAUAAAGAGAGGAGAUGAAAAUGGAACAAUUUCUUUCAUGCCACCUGUGCCUUUAGGAACUGCCCAGAAGAAAAUCCAUGCCUUUAGCCAGGAGUGGAAACUGACUACAAUGUAAAUAUCAAAGUAAAAUUGGGCAUUCCUUGCUUUUUUUUACACCUGGAUUGCUGAUUUUUUAAGACAAAAUACUUGGGAUUUUCCAAUAAAGAUUGUUGUAAUAUUGAAAUGAGCCCACAAAAACCUAGGAAGAGACAACUAGGGAAUAAUGUAUUUUAUCUUCAAGAAAUGUGUGCAUGAUUGAUUGGUUCUUAGAAAUCUCUCCUGCCAGACUUCCCAGACCUGGCAAAGCUUUAGAAACUGUUGCUAAGAAAAGUGGUCCAUCCUGAAUAAACAUGUAAUCCUCAAGCAGGGAUAUAAAGCCUCUGAAUUGUAGAACCUGCAUUUAUUUGUGACUUAGAACUAAAAACAUCCCCCAUGUCCCAAAGGUGGAAUAUAACCAGAGGUCUCAUCUCUGAACUUUCUUGCGUAUUGAUUACGAGUCUUUGGAGUCGGGGAUGGAGGAGGUUCUGCCCCUAUGAGGUGUUAUACAUGACCAUCAAAGUCCUACAUCAAACUAGCUUUGCACAGUGGCAGUACCGUAGCCAGUGAGAUUUAUCCGAGACGUGAUUAUUGCUAAUUGAAACUUUUCCCAAUACCACACUGUGAUGACUUGAAAUACAAUCAGCACUGGCAAUUUUUGACAGUCUCUACAGAGACUGGAUAAGAAAAAAAAGAAAAGAGAAGAAAAGAAAUUAGCUGGGUGCAAUGGCUUAUGCCUGUAAUCCCAGCACUUUGGGAGGCUGAGGCAAGCGGAUCACUUAAUGUCAGGAGUUCAAGACCAGCUUGGCCAACAUGGUGAAACCCCGUCUCUACUAAAAAUACAAAAACUAGUCGGGUGUGGUGGUGCAUGCUUAUAAUCCCAGCUACUCGGGAGGCUAAGGUAGAAUUGCUUGAAUCCGGGAGGCAGAGUUUGCAGCGAGGCAAGGUUGCACCACUGCACUCCAGCCUGGGCAACAGAGUGAGACUCUGUCUCAAAAAAAUAAAAUAAAAUAAAAUAAAUUAAAAGUUUUAUUCAAACCAAA